AUGGAAGAAGUUUCAGUCGUGCCGGUGGAGGUGCGAUGCCGUGCACUGCGUGUGAACGGGGCAGAGCUGUCGAAAGUCAUUAUCAGUUUUAUACGUCACCGUCACGCCUUUCUUCGCCCGGGAGAAGUCCUCUCGCUCGACACCGCCUCGGACCUCAUAACCUCCACGGUGGAGUUGCUUCGGGUGUGCGAUGUGUACUGUCCGCAGCGCGGCAUCCCCGCCGAAGGGGCGGACUACGCCAUGGUGAUGUACACACUGUGCACCGAUGAAAGUUGUGGGGAGUUAUUGAACUCAGCGGAGCUCGACGGGGACGCCGGCGCGACGCUGGCUCCCUGCAGCGUGCUGUCGUUGCCAAACGCCUCGUUGGAGGGACUGUGGGAAUCCCUCUACUACGGCGAAACACGGAACGAGUCUGUCCGUCUCAAACGUGAUCUGCUGCAGUAUAUGCGUACGGCGAUGGUAUUCUCUAGGGCCGGUGUGAACCCGCAUCUUGUAGCAUGGAACCGACUGCUCCUGCUUCACGGCCCGCCCGGCACAGGUAAGACGUCGCUCUGCAAAGCCCUGGCGCACAAGUUGUCUAUUCGUCUCAAUGACAUGUUUCCUUCCGCCCAAUUGCUGGAGAUCAAUGCACACAGCCUCUUUAGUCGUUGGUUUAGUGAAAGCGGAAAGCAAGUCAUGCUGCUUUUCAACCACAUUCAUGACAUGGCGGAGAAACCAGACUGUCUCCUUUGCGUGCUGGUGGACGAGGUGGAGAGUUUGGCGGCAGUGCGGCAAUCCGCUAUGAAGGGAAAUGAGCCAUCAGAUGCAAUCCGUGUCGUCAACGCCCUUCUCACGCAGUUAGACAGACUGCAGCGCCGACCUAACGUGGUGGUGUUUGCUACCAGCAACAUCACAGGCGCCGUUGACGUGGCAUUUAUUGACCGUGCGGAUAAAAAAAUCUUUAUUGGCGCGCCGGGCUUUCAGACUCGAUUGGAGCUUCUGAAGACGGGCACGCAAGAGGUGAUUCGACGAGGUUUGGUUGUGCUGGCACCUUCCUCUGCUGCGGAAGUCGCCAAUGGGGAGAAGUGGCCGUUAGCCGAGACCCGUGGAAGGGAGUUGGACCAAAGCGAACUACUGCAGCUGGAGGCCAUCGCGAUGCAGUGUGAGGCGUUCAGUGGCAGAACCCUGAAGAAGCUUCCCUUCUUGGCGUACAGCCAACACGUGAUGGGCGGCUGCGGUGCCGAAUCGAAUCCCAUUUCAUUCGCGGCAUUUAUGGAAGGCCUGCAGAUGGCUGUUCACGCAGAGGUGUCAGCGCGGGAGGCAAUGAUGUCUUCUUAG